CUGAUAGACGGCACUGACUGGCAUCACUGCUGGGCACUGACUGGCGGCACUGACUGGCACAACCGCUGGGCAGUGACUGGUGGCACUGACUGGCAGCACUGCUGGGCUGCACUGGUGGGUGGUACUGGUGGGCAGCACUGGUGGGUGGGCACAGGUGGGUGGCACUGGUGGGCACAGGUGGGUGGAAAUUGUGGGUGGCACUGCUGGGCACCGAUCAUCAGAGCACUGAUCAUCAGUGCCCUGAUGAUCGGUGCCAAUUCUCGCUCUGACAACUGCCGGUUCUCGGCAGUACUUUCCUCACGAUCUGACAGCGUGAGGAAAGUGCAGCCGAGAACCGGCACUUGC